AUGGUUCAUCGCAUCCUGGUGGAUGGCGGCAGCUCCGCCAACAUCCUGUUCAUGGACACAUUUGAGAAAAUGGGUCUUGGGGUGUCGUGUCUAAAACCGAUCUCGUGUCAUGGGAUCGGGUUAACCAGGGCGUCUGUUGUCCCCGAGGGCACCAUCAAGCUGCCGGUCAAGAUCAGAGAAGGGUUCCAAUCCAGGGACUUGAUGGUAGAGUUUCUGGUGGUCGACGUCCCGGCCGCAUAUAACGCCAUCAUUGGACGACCGUUAAUCCACGAUGUACAGGCGGUGGUAUCCACCUACCAUUUGACGAUGAUUUAUGCGUCAAACACAGGAAGGCCGAAAAAAGUAAAAGAGAAUCAAGAGUCAUCUAGGGCAUGUUACCUAACGGCUCUACAGAAUUCUAAUCACAAGCGACCGGCAGAAAAGCUACCAUCAGAGAGAAAGAGGCGCAGGGCGGAAAAUAAGGCCAAAAGGGACUUAUCAAUGGAAGACUUCGAGGGAAGGCUGAAAGACUUGCCGAGACUUAGCCCAAAAGGCGAGACGGAAGAAAUCAGCCUUGAGCUGCAAAGGCCAGAGAGAACGGUCAAGAUUGGGGCCGAUUUGGCGGACUAUGUCAAGGUCAACUUGAUAAGUCUUCUGCGCAACCACACAGAAGUCUUUGCGUUCUUGGCAGAUGAAAUGCCCGGGGAUUGA